CUCACGCCGCUCCCCGCCUCUCACCGCCCCUCACACCUCUUCCCGCCCCUCACUAUCGACUUCGUACCGCCCCUCAGACCUCUCCCUGCUCUCACGAUCCCGCCCCGCCCCACCCCAAUCGCUCCGAACCGCAGAAGGCGCUGGCGCCCGGCGCGGUGCGUGUGUUCCUGCGCGGUCCCGCGGUCCUGCCCGGUCCUGCCCCGCCUGGCUGCCGGCGCUCCCGAUUCCUCCAUGGCGCUGAGGAGCGGUGUGCCGCCGGGCCGGCGCCCUCCCGCAGUUAAAGCUGGAGGUAUGAGAGUGUCUAAAAAGCAAGAAAAUGGACCUGUUGAGAAAAAUGCUAAACUUCUAGGAAAAGAAAAGUCAAGUGCUAUUGUCAGUUUUGCAAAACCUCAGAACAUGGGUGUCUUGGUAGCAGAAACACUGAACAAAAUGAGCCACAAAAUCCAUGCAGCAACACUACAAGUAGCUCACCAAAAGCCACAACCUACCUUGGAGAAGUUCAUACUGCCUAAAAGAAUUUACAUUAUUCAACAGCCACGGAAAUGUUAAGAUAAUCACUAAAAUACUUAUGUUUACUUAAAAGUGAGUUUCUAUUCUAUAUAGCACUUAGCACACUGUGGUGAAGUGUUCAAAAGCUGUGUGCUUUGUAACUUGCUGUGUUUCUGUUACUGACAAUAAAAUAUAAGAAGAGUUACUAAA